CUCUCUCACACACACACACAUACCAACUUCAAUUCAAUAUUUAAUGGAUGGCUGGAGUUCACACAAAACUCCAGCUUUGGAUUUAUGAGCCCCAAACCCCAAAUCCCCACAUAUUUUGAUCCCUUCUUCCUCUAGAUGCUCUCCAGAUCUACAGGCUGGUGGAUGCUCCGGAUCUAUUGCUAGAUGCGAUCUAGAGGUUCUUAAGAUUCAGUAGUACAAACGAGCUCGGCUUGAGGAGUGUGUGUGCGUGGAGAGAGAUGACGGGAGUGGUGUUGGUGUCGUCGGCCGGUGGAUGCAGGGGAAGGAGAGGGGAGGAGGAGGAAGGGAAGCGGGCUAAGGAGAAGGAGGAGGAGCGACGGAAGCAGCAGCAGAUUUCUGUUCUGGCGCUGCUCCUGGCGGCAAUCCGGCGGUCCAUGGUGUCCUCGUGCCGGAUGGAGCGGGAUGCCGACGACGAGGUCAUACCUGCGCUGCAGCACAUGGAGAUCGGGUGGCCGACCGAUGUCCGCCACGUCGCGCACGUCACCUUCGAUCGCUUCAAUGGGUUCCUCGGCCUCCCCGUCGAGUUCGAGUUGGAGGUCCCCGGCCGCGUGCCCAGUGCGAGUGCCAGUGUCUUUGGCGUCUCAGCUGAAUCGAUGCAGUGUGGUUAUGACUCCAAGGGCAACAGCGUUCCCACGAUUCUCCUGCUAAUGCAGGAGAGGUUGUACUCACAAGGAGGUCUUAAGGCUGAAGGAAUAUUUCGCAUAAAUCCGGAGAACAGCCAAGAGGAACAUGUCAGGGAGCAACUAAACAAGGGCACUGUGCCAGAGGACAUUGAUGUGCACUGCUUGGCCAGCCUGAUUAAGGCAUGGUUCAGAGAACUUCCGGAGGGUGUGCUGGAUAGCCUUUCACCUGAACAAGUUCUUCAGUGCAUCACCGAGGAGGAAUCGGUGCAGCUCGUGAAGCUGCUUCCACCGACCCCGGCUUCGCUUCUCAACUGGGCCGUUGAGCUCAUGGCUGAUGUUGUUGAAGAAGAAGAACUAAACAAGAUGAAUGCAAGAAAUAUCGCCAUGGUAUUUGCUCCAAACAUGACUCAGAUGUCGGAUCCUUUAACAGCUCUUAUGCAUGCUGUUCAAGUCAUGAACUUACUCAAGACCCUAAUCCUCAAAACACUGAGGGAACGUGAAGAGGCAGCCAUGAGCGGGUAUUCGGACUUCUCAUGUUCUCCUUCAUCCCACAACCGGGGAGACGAUGAUUACAUUAGCCAGAAAGAUGUAGACAUGAGCGAAGACGAAUCGAGCGAGAUCACAUCAGACAAUGAACCAGAAGCCUACAGUCAGCUGGUGGUGGAACCGAGCUUGAGUGACUCCACAAGAUGCAUCUCGGGUAGUCGCACCUGUAGCCAGCGUUUCAGUGAUCACUUCACUGAGGAUGAAGACGACUCGUUGACCGAUAUCGAAGUAUGCUUCCUGAGGCAACUGGAAUGGAAGUCCGAGGAUGGAAAUCAAGGAGAAGAUAGCAUUAGCAUGGAUAUGUCAUCCGGUGGUCAAGCAGAGAUACAAACUUGUCAUUCCGAUGUUGUUAAUAUUGAAACUUGUCUCUCAUCGAUUGAAAGAAAAGAAGAUAGCUCCAUCACAGACAACGAAGGUGACUCGGAUGCAGAGGCCGAAGUGAAGGAUCCGUCGAAGCGACAUGAAAGCAGUGAAGUGGUGAUGGUUGACUCCCAGUGGAUAUCAUAGUCAACAGCUAGAUUGCUUCCUUACCACGCUCUGAUCGUGUGGGUUUUGUUUAGCUCACUUGUAUUUUGUAUGUGAAGGACUGGAUUGGAUUGUUGUGUUGUCGUUGGGGUCUUCAUCAACAUGGGGUUGAGGGUGGCUUGUUUGUACGAGACCGUGAAUGACUUGUUCAUGCAUUGUUUUGUUUGCUUCA